AUGAAUGGCAAGCUUACUGAAGAGGAUAACGGGCCCCAGAUCUCCUUCGACGUGGUUGGGGCAACCGGGAACCUGUAUAAGGUCGUCGUUGGGCAGGUGCCAACGUGCACCUGUCCGGAUCUUCGGUUUAGACGUGUGCCGUGCAAGCACAUCUGCUACGCUCUUGUCCAUGCUCUGAAGGCCCCGACGAACCUGCAAUACCAGCUAGCCUUCCUGUCCUCGAUUCGUGAGAUUUGGGAAGGAUCUCCUCUGUGCCGCAUUCAGUCCUGUGUUGUUGAGGACAACGAAGGCAACCGGAAGCCUGUUGAGGGUGACUGUCCCAUUUGUUUCAUGGAAUUCGAAACCGACCCGGAAAAGAAGGAGGAGAUCAUCUGGUGUCAAGCAUCAUGUGGAAACAACGUUCACAAGAAGUGUUUCGCGGACUGGGCAAAGACAACCCGCAACUCCGGUGUUCGUUGUGUGUACUGCCGUGCUUCAUGGAAAUAUAACCAGACUGCCGAGGAUGAAUAUGACAUUGAAACCCUCCGCAUCAGUGGUCGCCGGGGCCGAGAUGGCUACAUCAAUGUGGGGGCACAAUUCGGAAUGCCCGAACGACGCGGUACGAGACCAUCUCUGUAUUCAGACAUUCCUUCCAUUAUUCGUGUAAGCUGGUGCUAG